GUCGUUUUUUCCACUGCUGGCUUGCUCAUGCUGAUGUGUUACUUCAAGUGUCGUACUGGUGACGACGCUAGUUGGCCCGGUGCGCUUCUCGACGCCUCGAAUGGUUUGUCUAUCUAUGUGAGUACCUUUUUCGUCUCGCAUAGUUGUCUGAACUGACGGACAUCUGGUUGCUCGCAGACAACUUUUCAGUUCACUCGGUACAACAGCCUACACUGCCUCUCUUUGUCUCUCGAAUCCUGGUUACGAUGGAACGCCCUAUCUGGACUUUUUGGAUCAAGCACGCCUGUCUCUUGUCUCCUGGAUUACUUCAUCGAUCUGUCUACUCCGUCUCGUGUCUCUUACCUUCGGCUCCUAGGCUUCGUAUCUCGCCAUCUGGUCCUACAUCUCAUUGCACAGCAAGUGACCGCCUCUCUUCAAAUACCUAGGAACCCCAGGCGACGUCUCUCUCCUACCUGCCCUCAUGGCUUCAUUACUGGUCUCCUCACCUACGGCUUCUGCACCUCUGCCUCAUCUCAAACCUCGUUUUCUCAAUUCGCAAGCAUAUGUAACAAGUAUCCACGCAGCAACUUUUCAACCCCGCGUCACCUUCAUCUCGCAUCUCGACGCCAUACAACUCGCAAGAACCCGCACGCCUCGUCUGUCAGCAUUGCAUCGCCGUUCUAGGCAAUAUCUAGGCCAGGUCUAUCAACGUCCUGCCCGCCCAUCUCUUCAAUGCUUCAUCUUGCCUCCAUCUGCCAUGCCUUAUCUAGUCCCC